AUGGAAGAGGAAGAGUACUACUAUUAUGACGACGACUACGGCAAUGAGGAGGGGGAGGCGUGGGAGGCGGCGCUGGAAAACGAAUACGUGACGGCAAAGUCCAUGAUGGACACCAUGCCAGAGGAAUGCGCUGCUGGGCUGCGCGGCGUCGCACGCGAUGAUCCAGUGGGCGGACGGUGGUCUUUCAAGGCGUUUAAGAUGCUUGUCAGGGUCUGCCGACGCAUGGGGUCCUAUGAGGAGAUGCUUAGCUACUACAACAAGGUGUCCACCUUUAGUCACGGUGAUGUGAGCAAGGGACAGUUGCAGAAGGCCAUGACUAAGCUUGUGGAUGAGGCGCAGCGUGUGCCCGUGGAAUAUUUUCGGCGGAUGCUGGAGACGACCAUUGAGGUCACCUCAAGGGACAUGAGGUCUUUUGGGAAGCUCUGGUUUAGCGCAAAGCUUAAGCAUGCGACGCUGGCACUAGAGGCGAAUGCUCUGGACGCGGUGCUGGAGGAAAUGGGACCAGUAGUGGCGUGGUGUAAGGAGGACGACCAGUUUGCUUUCAAGAAGUCUGCCCAAUUAUUUCUCGCUUACGCAUUAUUGCUGAGCGUCUACUCAAAAAAAAUGACUACCGACGUGUGCGGGAAACGUUUUCCUUAG